GCGGCUGUCGGGCUUUGCCGGGGGGCUCUCCCGGGGACCGGGCGAAGGCCGCGCUCGCUCCGCUCACCGCCCGGGAAGCGCGACUCGCCCGCCGGAUUCCCGCAGCCGCUGGCCUUCCAGGGGUCCCGGCGGCCCUGCUGGACGGGUGUGGACCGGAGGCUCCCCGGCCGCCCCUCUUCGCCGCCCAGGGCAAAAGGUGCCCCGCCGCCCCAAAGGUGUGAAUGACAGAGGAGGUGCCUCCGACCGCACUCAGCGAAAUAUACCUUCGCCUUUUGUGUCAUGAUGACAUAGACACGGUCAAACAGCUCUGUGGUGAUUGGUUCCCCAUUGAAUAUCCUGACUCGUGGUAUCAGGACAUCACUUCCAACCAAAAGUUUUUUUCCCUGGCUGCGACUUACCGUGGCACCAUUGUGGGCAUGAUAGUUGCUGAGAUCAAGAGUCGAGCCAAAGUGCACAAAGAGGAUGGUGAUAUUUUAGCUUCUGGUUUUCCAGUUGAUACUCAGGUUGCUUACAUUCUAAGCCUAGGAGUGGUGAAAGAAUUUCGAAAGCAUGGCAUAGGUUCUCUUCUGUUGGAAAACCUGAAAGAUCACAUUUCGACCACUGCCCAGGAUCACUGCAAGGCCAUUUACCUACAUGUCCUGACCACCAACAACACGGCAAUACAUUUCUAUGAAAACAGAGACUUUAAGCAGCAUCAUUACUUGCCCUACUACUAUUCCAUCAGAGGGGUCCUCAAAGAUGGCUUCACUUACGUCCUCUACAUCAAUGGGGGACACCCACCGUGGACCAUUUUUGACUACCUUCAGCACAUCGGCUCGACUUUGGCCAAUCUGAGCCCCUGCACAAUUCCCCAACGGAUUUAUCGCCAAGCCCAGAACAUCCUCUGCAACCUUUUGCCCUGGUCGGGCAUUUCAGCCAAGAGCGGCAUUGAAUAUAGCCGGACCAUGUGACCCGAAGGGAGUCCUCUGCACAGCUGACAUGGCUCCAGCCCUCAACCGUUUGUGAACUUGACAGAAUUCCUGCUGCUGCUGCUGCUGCUGCUGCUUUCCCCUCUUUAGUCCAGAAGCAGAAGGAAAACAGGCAGUUCUGCUGCUCCGGCACGUCAGGGCGAUGGCCUGGCUGCUCUACCCCCAACCAGCCUCUCUGCAGUGGGGUGAUACUUGGCACAAGGAGCACCGUAGAACCGAGCGGACUGUUGGCAGCUGAGGCCUCCUCCCAGGUGGUGGUUGCUCGGCAUCUCCGCGUCCCUCAGGGAUGCCUCUCUUGGCUGAGCAGUUCUUGCCCAGGGGAGCCUUUGGCUCUUUCAGGCUGAAAUGUCUAUGUGCCGAAGGACAGACACACCCUCUGUAUCUUGCUUUCUGCUAGUCUGAACUUGGCCUUAAAGUGUGGACUGGAAGUAGGGAAAGAUGCUGCCCUGCUCUCCCUCCCUCUGCCUUGGGCCCCAGAGGGCAGCUGCAGUGGAGCCCCUCUCCUUCCUGGCAGAAGCAAGAGGCUUGAACACUCCUCGCAAAAUGGGCACGUCAUCGUAAGCUCUUUCGGCCUGCUGGCCUCUGUUGGGCCAGCUGUGGUUUGCACAGGUGAUUCCCUAUCCUCGGUGUAAGCUCUUGGGACAAAGGGCCAGGUGUUCAGCCUUGCAGGUCAUUUCCGGCCCCUCAAUAGCAGUGGGAAAACAUGGCUUCCCCUCUCCUGGACGAGCUCCAGCUGUCUUAAAGGCCAACAGUGCUGACCCUUCUCGAAAGGUGCUGUGAGGAGCCUCUCCUCCCCCUCCUGCACCUGCAGCAUAGAUAAGUAGCAUCACCUCCCAAGACCUGCCCAAUUGAUGCUCCUGAAGGAAGAUGUGCUCCUGGUCACCCCUUUCUGCAAACACUUGAGAAAGCAGCAGGCUUCCACCUUUAGUUCUCGGCGCUUUUUUUUGUGGUAGGAAGAGCCUGGGAAGCCCCGAUGAAGGUCCACACUCCCUUGCCUGCCCUGGGACAGUUGCCUUUCCAGGAGCUCCAUCCUCCAAUAUUGGCUGCGUUUUCACACUUUGGCUCUUUGGCUGGCACUCCAAGUGGAAACCUUCCUCGAACCUGGGGAGUUUAGGCAGAUUGUGUGUGCGUGUGUGUUUGUGUCUGGGUGGUGGUGGGGACACUGAAUUAGGAAAAGGGCUUUGAAAAAGAGACUGGGGGAGGGGACUUGCAGGCCUCUCAGAUUUUGCCCAUCUUGCUGGCUGCACCGAGCAGCAAGAUGCCCUGCAGAGGUGCUGCCCUUUGCUCCCAGCAGGCCUUGGGAAGAGGGCAAAUCAGCCUACGAGACUCUACCAGUGCCUCAGGCAGAGGUUGCCCUCCUUUGGGGACCCCCUCAGCUUCCUGAUGGCACCAUCUGUGGUAAAAGGGAAGUCCGAAGGGCCGAGGGUCAAUCCUGGGGACAAGCGACACCAUCCUGAUGUAAUGAACACCCUUCAGAAUUUGCUCAGUGGUGAGGCCACAUCACAAUGCCAGCAAUGACGUGGCUUGUGCCAGAGACCUGUGGCAUCUCUCGUCUUCCAAGUGGAAGGACCAUUUAAAGGCCAGGCCCAGCGUAGCAUCUUCCUGAAAGGUUUUGUGCUUUCAAACCACCUCUUGCUUGAAAAUGACGGUGCAGUUUCAUCUGUGUUUCAGUUUAUGGUUUCUGAAUAGUGCAUCUCCAUCGUUCCUGUAUGCCUGCCUGUUGUGUAAGCAAAUUCUCCCCUUCCUCCCUCAAAAGGCAUUUGUAUUGGGCCGUCUCCUUAUUUAUUGAACAGCACGUCAGCCAGUCAUUUUAAAUGUCUUGGAUUAAAAGGGUUUGUUUU